AUGUGUGUAUUUAUAUAGAAAGUUACAGUAAUCCACGAUACUAUAUAUAUAAUAUAGUAUUAUCCAUAUAUAUAUACAUAUAGGCCCCUCUUCAUAAACCCCAAGAAAGAAAACCAAAAUGUGCGAAUCUAAAUCUCUCUCAUUCUGCAAUUCAUAAAGACCAAAAAGAAAAAAAAAAACUUUGAUCAUUUAAUCACCUCAAUGGGAAAAAGUCCCUAUGCAUCAUCAUCCCAACCAAACAUGAAUUCUCCAUCAUCGAGCUUCAAACCAAAAUUAAACGAUCAAGAUUAUAUGGAACUGGUUUGCGAAAAUGGAAUGAUUUUGGCUAAGAGUCGAAGACCCAACAACAACGGUUCUUUUCAGAAUCAGCGUACGCAAUCUAUCCUGGAUUUGUACGAGACCGAGUACGAUGAGGGUUUCAAGAAAAACAUAAAGAAUCUUGGAGAGACACAAGUUGUUCCUGUGAGUGAGUCUCGGCAGCCACAACAAGAUGAAGAAAAUUAUGAACAAACGAAUGAUAAUAAUAAGAAGAAGAAAAACUCCUCCAAGAUUGGGUUUGAAAAAGAUGUUUUAAAAAACAAGAGAGGUUUUGAGUCAUCAACAUUAAAUGAUGACUCUUUGAAAGGUCUAAAGGAUGUUGGAGUUAUCACAGCUCCUGAUGAGCACUCUGCAGCUGUUGGAAGAUCCACGGAAUUGUAUUUUACGUCUUCAUCGAUGUUUUCUCGAGAAACUUGGAGAGAUCUAGGUUGUUGUUCUUUUAAAAGGAGGAAGUAUGGAGAUAUUGAGGAAGAAGAAGAAUCAACCUCUCUUAGUAAUAAUUCAGAUGAUGAAUCCGAUGAUGCGAAGACACGAGUUCCUGCGAGAAAAAGAAAGACAGUGACUAAGAGAAAACGAAGCACAGAAGUCCUUAAGUUAUCUGAAAGAAAGCGAAGAAACGAGAUCAACAAGAAAAUGCGUGCUUUGCAGGAUCUACUACCUAACUGUUACAAGGAUGACAAGGUAUCAUUGUUGGAUGAGGCUAUCAAGUAUAUGAGGACCCUUCAACUUCAAGUUCAGAUGAUGAGUAUGGGAAAUGGAUUAAUACAACCAGCUACAAUGGGUCUAGGGAUGCAUAUGGGAGCAGCAGCAAGAACAACAACUUGUCUACAUCAAUUUUUGCCUAUGAAUGUUCAAGGAACCGAUUUAUCAGGGAUUAAAAACGCAUCAUCACCACAAAUGCUAAGUUUUCUUAAUCACCCCACUGGACUAAUCCCAAACUCUCCCAUCUUUUCUCCAUUGGAAAGCUGUUCUCAGCAAUUCGCCGUGCCUUGGUGUGUUCCUCAGACUCAGGCUACUUCCUUUACUCAGUUCCCAAAGUCUUCGUCGACCUCAAACUUAGAAGAAGAUGCGAUGCAAUUUAGAGGGAGAAAUAUUCAAGAUUUGUAGAUACAGUUGAUGUCUUCUCCAACUAACUUACUUGGAAAAAUAUCAUUAUUCUAAGUAUAGUCUACUUUGUGUUGUAGUUAGUCUUGGGAUUUUGGGACUUAGACAGAUUGAAUCAUGGAAUGAUUAGUCGAUGUCCAAUGAUUAGUCGCAACUAAAUAAUCUAUAAUGUGAAUCAUGGAAUGCAUGUAGAGGAUGUGCAAUAAGUCAAUGUUGACCAGUUCAUGAAUGCUCAAUUCGGAUAAACCAAAUUUAUUGUUUGUUAAAGUUGUUAAAAGAUAAUAAUUGAGUGAAUACAAAACCAAAACUGAAUUAAAAAAAUGACAUUGACCGUUUCUCCUAAAUCUUAAA